UCCCUCCCUCCCUCGUCCCCAGUGUCUGCAGCAUCCUCUUCCUCAGCCCGAUGGCCAGCCGUCUCCUCCUGCAUCGCCUGCCCUUCCUCAGGUUUUCCUCCACCUCAUCUGCCGCCGCCGCCGCUCCCCCGAAGGAGAAGGAGCCUCCUGGGGAACGCAGCCGGCCCUGCCUGACCCUCAAGGGAAGCGUCCGCUCGCAACUGCCCGCUGCCUCCGGCUCCACCGCCGCUGUCAUCCCGGAUUUCGGCAACUACCGUGAAGCGUAUCGGAGCAAGAGCAGCGCAGAGCUGGUGCGGAGCCUGCUGGUGUUCCGGCUCUGCUCGUACAGUGUGAUAGUGGACCGGCACAAGGAGCUCAUCAAUCUCAGUCGGUUCUUGCUUGGGAAAUGGCUCUUUGAGAAGGUCAUGACGAUGACUUUUUAUGGACAGUUUGUUGCUGGAAAGGACCAAGAUGACAUCAAACCCUUGAUCCAGCAUAAUCGCUCCUUUGGAGUAGGGUCCAUUCUAGAUUACAGUGUUGAGGAAGACUUGACCCAAGAGGAAGCAGAGAAAAAAGAAAUGGAAUCCUGCGAGUCUUUAGUCGAGAAGGAAGUUAAAGGCAGCAUUCACAGGGAGAAAAAAUUCCGGCCUCACAAGCAAUUUGGAGACCGUAGAGAAGAUGUCUUUAGUGCUCGAACAUACUUUUAUGCUGAUGAGUCGAAAUGCGACCAGUUCAUGGAGACCUUUCUGAAGUGUAUAGCAGCAUCUGGUGGGAGUUCAGAGGAUGGAUUUUCUGCCAUCAAGCUGACAGCACUGGGGAGACCACAGUUCCUGCUGCAGUUCUCCGAGGUGCUGGUUAAGUGGCGUGGUUUCUUUCGCCAGCUUGCUGCUGAGCAAGGAAAAGCAGGCCAGGCUGCAGUUGACAUGAAGCUGGAUAUGGAGCGACUGCAGAAUAGCUUGACUAAACUUGGCAUAGCCACCUUAGAAGAGAUCACCAACUGGUUUGAUGGAGAGAAGAUUGGACUGUCUGGCACUGUAGACCUGUUGGACUGGAAUAAUCUGAUUGACAACAGGACAGAAGUUGCCAAACUCUUUGUAGUUCCAAACCUGCAGACCGGUGAGAUUGAACCUCUCCUCCUACAAUUCACAGAAGAGGAGGAGCUCCAGAUGAAAAGGAUGCUGCAGAGAAUGGAUAUUCUAGCAAAGGAAGCUUUGAAGAGGGGCGUCCGCCUCAUGGUUGAUGCCGAGCAGACCUAUUUCCAACCAGCUAUCAGCAGGCUGACCCUGGAGAUGCAGAGGAAAUUUAACACUGAGAAGCCCACCAUCUUCAAUACCUAUCAGUGUUACCUAAAGGAUGCUUAUGAUAAUGUGUCUAUGGAUGUAGAACUGUCCCGCCGGGAAAACUGGUACUUUGGGGCAAAAUUAGUGAGAGGUGCAUAUAUGGCCCAAGAACGAAAGCGUGCCAGAGAGAUUGGAUAUGAGGAUCCCAUCAACAAAACCUAUGAAGAUACAAAUAACAUGUAUCACAGGUGUUUGGAUUACAUCCUGGAUGAAAUCAAAGUGAACAAGAAAGCCAAUGUAAUGGUGGCUUCGCACAAUGAGAAAACAGUUGCCUAUACACUGCACAGAAUGCAUGAACUUGGACUCCAUCCAUCAUCUAAGAAGGUCUACUUUGGCCAGUUGCUGGGCAUGUCUGAUCAGAUCAGCUUCCCCCUUGGCCAGGCUGGCUACCCAGUGUACAAAUACGUCCCUUACGGCCCAGUGGAAGAGGUUUUACCCUACUUGUCCAGGCGUGCACAGGAAAACAGAGGCAUGGUGGCAGGAACCCAGCGGGAGCGCGACCUACUGUGGAAUGAGCUGAAACGCAGGAUCUUGCAGGGGGACUUAUUCCAAACCACGUAUUAGAGAGCUGCAUGCAAGGGGAGGGCCUGGCAGUCUGGUUUUCAAGGUGGCUGCAGGGUAGGAGAGGAGGCAUGUUCUCUACAUUGAUGCACAUAGUGCUUUAACAGCGCUGGGAGAGAGAUGUUCUCCUGUGACUUGUUUAAGGGGACACGAAGCUUUGGUAAAAGUGUCUCCCACAAACCAAGCUCAAAGCAAAAGUAAUUCUACUUGAUGGUCUUUAGUAACUGAGCUGUCUUGGUAUCUGGCCCUUUGUUCUGAGGGCUGCAAGGUGCGACAGAUCUUUCCUUCUAUUUACUUUCAACCCAUCCAAAACCUGUUGGAUACAUUAACAUUUAAACAGCUUGUACCAUAUUACUAUAAAGAGUCAUAUUUGUUAUUAGGGUCAUUCCCCUUCCAGUGUUAGAUCUGGCAAGCCUCCUAUUUUGUGGACUUUUUGGAAAGUAUAUGGGCAUGCCCUAAGGAGAACCAGAUGUUGUUGUCUCAGAUGUUGAUGUUACUGUCAGUUUCUCCUUUCCUCCUUGGGAAGGUGAGAUGAUGCCUCAUCCUGUUUUAGUGUUGAGGUAGGUACCCUUUGUGGGGCAUUGUCUUUGCAGGUAUUGAUGAAAACCGUGAAUUGGAAAGAAAUGCCUCCCUUUGUAGGUUUGCGACUUGCCACAUUUGUUUAGCAAUACAAAAGACCUCUUUAGUAAUUCUUCAGUUUUUAUUUGACAGGAAGUUGCAAUAGUAAAGAAUUUUUUAAAAAAAUGCCACUUUUAAGUUAUGCAGUCUCCUCUCCUUCAGGCUACUGGGAGGAGUGUAGGGUGAGUCUGCUCUGAUGCUUUGCACAAUUGCUAUGACAUUAUUACUCUGUUUGUGUGUGAACACUGGAGGCUGUGAUAAUGAGCCCUUUCAUCACAGACUGAACACUUGCGUACCUCUGACAGAGAGAGCCUGGCGUAAGGCAUAUGAGCUGCCUGCUCCAAUUACCACUGUGGUUACAGCGCACUAAUGAAUGUGACCCCAAACUCGACACGGGAAAAGCACCAAAUAAUCUUCAAGUGCAACUUUGCUUUAUUGAAAAUGUGCAAAUUAGUUUGAAACUAUUAUCUGAAUUUUUUUCAGAUUUCUGCGGAGAUUUGUCAUUGAUCUAUCCAUUAACCUGCUACUCCUUGCCUCAAAGGGGAAAAAUCACUUGUGCACAAGAAGAUAAGAAACACUGUCUUGAGUGUUCUACAAUGUAAUAUAUGCUGUCUGCAGCUGCUGGAUUAACCUUUAUUAUGUGCACUUUGCACUAUUUAAGUCGACCUGCAAAGCUCUUACUUCAAAGGCAGAUGUUGAUCUUUGCCAUUUAACUGUGUAAUGUGGACAGAACUGACCUACUGGAGGUGUUUGUGUUUAAUGAGAGACUUCCCAGUUUUCAGUGGGUCAUUUGUGGUUUGGUUACUGUGACAGUGGAUUAGUACUAAUGAGGAAGUUAUCCACUCCCUUUCUCAGUGUCUAUUGGCCCAUCAGACCUUUCCAAAUGCUUGGGAAAACUCCAGCUACAUUGUCUCAUCAUGCAUUGUAAAGUCAAAAAAAUCCGAGUUAGUAAACCAGCCAAACCUAGGAAUGCCUGGUGGGUUGACAGAUUAUUUGCAAUCCCACCCUCCCCACCUCUCUGAUCCGGUCAUGUUUCUCACUGUUUAUCAGAAAACUGACUCUGUCGAGCUUUCCAACUGGUAACAAUGAUCAUUUGACUUUGGGUUAAAGAAGAGUUUAGAUGUAAGCAGCAGAGAGAAGUGAGAAAUAAGUCUGACUAUGGCACCAAUAAUCCUUAAUCAUUUUUUUGAUUAAAGGGUUUCUCUUCAAAUGUAUCAGUAAUCUCAGACCACAUUCUUCCCCCAACCAUGUGCAAUGCAUGCAAAUCAAAACGGGAAGAUGUUACAUGUGAAGAGUUUUUAAUUUAUUGAAGUAAACAGGUUUUAACUUAGAUAUUUACUUAAGGAUAUAGCCAACUUCCCACAUCUUCAGCAAUCCUUCAUUUUGUGCUGUACUCCUAAGGUCAGUCAGCCUACACAAUCUGAACUGCACAUGUUAGAGUUGCACUUAUUCCCUCCACCACCCCCCCCCACCUCCGAAUCAUGCAGAGCCUAUUUCCGAUUGUCCAUGAUUUGCUGCCCUACUGGGGAGCACGCCUGGGAUCCUAGUGAGACCCGCUGCAGUACAGAAGUAUACUGGGCAGCUGCUAUCUCGGAUGUUGAAGCCACUUUCUCCUUUGCUCGGGGGAAGGUGAAAUGAUGCCUCAUCCUUUUUGUUUUCUGUUGAGGUAAUUAUUUUUUAUAUGGAGUGUUGGACCUUGCCUUUGUAGAUAUUCAUGAAAGUCAUAAAUUGGACUACGUUGUUUGACUCGGAAUUGGUAAGAUCUGAUGUGGUUGUUGCUGAGGAGAAAGAUUACAACCAUUCAUGAAUUCUAUGGCCCCUUAUUUUCAAUAUUUUAUGCUUUGGAGGAUCAUAAAUGUGAAUUUUUGAAGCUUUGUGAAUGUGUGACAUGAUGUGAGAAAGGGGAUCCAGUGUUGUAUGAAACCUGAAAUACAGGAGGAGAGCAAAACAAGCUUCAAAAAUAUCGGCAGCUGUAGCAAAUUGUUUGAGUAAGCUGUGCAUUUGCAAGCCCUCUGCACAUUCUUGGUCCUUGAUAACUUGAUCCAAUCUAAAUGUAGGUGUUGUCAAGUUAGCCUUCCUUUCUGUUGGAUGUACAUGAGGCAUGGUGUCCUUGGGAGCAUCAAGUGACUACAUACCGUAACUGCGAAGAUAACAGUCAACCCUGCAGCAAACAAACAGUCAGAAAAGUCAUUGGAUCAUCAGAUUACUUAAACUAAUGAGUCAAGAAGAAAAGUGGGUAGAGUGUGAUGUGAUCUGUGUUUAAUGGGGAAUUCGGAUGCUGAGUGAUUUCUUUUGACUUGUUUUUAAAUUUGCCCUGUGCUUUCUACUGAUUUACCUGGUUGUGUGUUCUAACCCCUCUCGGGUUUUGAAUAAAUCUAUUUGUGUAUGGAUUGGUUCCAAUGUGUGUUUUGUUUCUGAAUAGUUAAUAAAGCAGUGUCUGUCGGAUAAA